GAUCAUAUGUCAGGGGAAGCUAUUUAGGUUGCUUUGCUAUUCCAUCUUCAAAUGUAAAUUACUGUAAAAGUCUUAAAUCAACCACCAUUAAAUGGGGGGUCCUUAAGCCAAAGAUAUAAACAUAGCUGGCAAUAAAUGUUUUUUUGUUGUGUGUGCCUUCAGGUUGUUUCUGAAUUAUAGCAACCUUAAGGUGACCCUAUCAUAGUUUUCUUGCCAAGAUUUAUUUAGAGGGGAUUUGCCAGUGCUUUGCUCUGAGGCCAAGAAGCUGUGAUUUUUUCAAGGUCACCCAAUGGAUUUCCAUGUUUGAAUGGGGAUUUGAACUCUAUUCUCCAGCACUGUAGUCCAGUGCUCAAGCCACGAUGCAACACUGGCUCUGGCAAGAGAUGAUAGGGAACAUUUUCAGUUGAAACAGUAGUCUUUCUUUCAAGUAUUACCUUAGAUUGAAACCAGCAUAAUGAAACUUAACAUUCGCUAAUUACAUCACAAUGUAUGCUUCUCCUUGUUUAUUGUUACAUGUUAGUGAAGGUACAGACUAAUGCAAGGAGUCUCAACCUUUUACAUCUGCAGGGCCCAUUUUGAAGCAAAGGUUUUUUGUGGAGCCUCAAGACAUGUUUAUAUAUUAUAUUAUAUGUAAUGUAUAUCAGGCAUAGGCCGGGCCAGGGGCAAUGGAUGGAGAAUGUUUGUGUGAACUAAUUCACACACUAAGUAUAUACAAACGGAAAUACAGUGUUUAAAAAGAAGAAAAAUUGUAAACAACAUACACUACAGCAUUUCAGUGGAAGACCCCAAAGGGCAUCCAGUCCACCCCCUUCUUCCAUGCAGGAAAAACACAAUAAAAGCACCGCCAACAGAUGGCCAUCAAGCCUUUUGUAUUAUUAUAAUUGUGCAGUUUUCUGACAUUGUAUAUUUCUGCCGCUUCUGUGACUGUUCAUUUGUAUUUUGAUUCUGUAGCCCACUAGUCGAUGGAUGCCCAGAAUCAGCAGCAUCCACCGCGAUCAUUUUUAUCCUGGGCAACGACCGAGCCAGUAUAGACUUUGUUUUGGUUUGUUUCUCCAUAGUGCUAAUGGGUUAGGUGCUCUUAGUUCCACUCCUCAACUGAGGCCUCUCUGGCUUAGUUGGACCUGCCGGUAGUUACACUACCGCCAGCACAGCUCUCAGCGUCCUUGGAGCAGUUAAGGCAGGGGGGCCUUAACUGCUCCAAGGAGCCCCCCACCACAACAAGGUGGCAUCCAUUGAGGGGAACACAACACACCAGACAUCAUGGUUGUGGAAAAGAAAAAAGUUUGGAUUAUUGAUGUCACCAUACGAAGUGACAGUCAAAUUGAUGAAAAACAACAGGAAAAACUCAGCUGUUGACAAAAUUACGAUCUGUCACCUGCAAAAGGCCACCUUACUGGGAUCUGCAUGCAUCAUUCUAAAAUACAUCACACAGUCCUAAACACUUGGGAAGUGUUGUGAUUUUGUGAUAUGAAAUAAGACUUGUGAUUUUGUGAUAUGAAAUCAAGCAUAUAUAUAUAUAUCUCAUUUGCUGUGUCAUACUAUGUCUUUGUGUCAAUAAUAAUAAUAAUAAUAAUAAUAAUAGAAACCCUAGAGGCCAUCCAAUCCAACCUCCUGUCAUGCAGAAAAACAUAAAGCUUGAGCAGUGGGAGGGAAAUAGAAUUUUGGAAGCAAAGGAAGAGCAGAAGGGGUCUGGGCAGUGAGAAAAAGUGUCUGGGCAGUAAGGGAGGCGGGAGAGAAUGGGUCUGUGCCCUGGGAGGACUCUGCUGCAUCUGCUGCUGCUUGAAACAGCUCAAAACUUUAAUUUUCCUGCAUUUCUCAGGAGAAGGAAAGAGGAGGAGACGGGAAGCAGCCAUGGAGCCCCUCACUAUCACCCGCAAAGCCCCAAGAGCUCCACAGAGCACAGUUUGAGAACUCCUAGUCUGAUGUAAUGCACUGCAGAACAUUUUAAAAAUUGCACAGAUUUUAACAUAUCAAGAAUGAAUAUAUUUAUCCUUCAUAUUAAGAACUCCACAAACCUUCAGAUAUGGAGAUCAUAUGAAGUAUAAUCACGACAAAUCACUGAAUAGUACAAUGGAUUUGGAUGACUGUUGAGUUUUGGUUUCAAAGCCUAACAAAGUUGUAAACAAGUAGUUCUCAUUCUAGUGCUGCAUGGUUCCUAUGAGGCUAAAAAAAGAAAGACAUUUUGUCUCAUUUACUACUGAAGAUAAAGAUAACUUAAAAAAAUAAGUACCAGUACUUGGUGACCAAUAAAAAUCCUACAUAAAUCAAGUGAGAUCUCCUUACAUGAAUGGUGUUUCAGUCCAUGUAUGAAGCAAUAUGAGUGGGCAAAUCUAGAACAGCUUGAUUUCUUCGGAUUCUGGUUCCAGACAAAAGAGUAUAUAGACCAUAAUUCCUGACAUAUUGAAAAUGGCACAUGUGAUCUGAUGAACAUUUCACUUAACAGAUAAUUAAACAGACAAAUGUUUACUCUGAUGUAAUCUCAAAGCCUUAAAAGCCAAUAGAAGUAAUCACUGCAUGUUGAAGAUAAACAGGUCUAUCAAUGAUUAACCACCCCAUCUUGUUCUUCCCUCUUCCUUUUACUUCAGUUGUAGUUUGGCAUUCUGCUUUGCACAACUUUGCCGCUUCUCAUUCCAGCAGUAUGUUCAAAGCUGGAAGAUUGGUGCUAAAGACUUGGCUUCUCUUGCAAGUAUGCCUGUCUACUGCUGUGGGUAAACUUUUUAUGAUCUUGUUUCCAGCGACUGCUAAGAGAUAUAUAUUGAAACAGAGCGAGAGGAGUAGCAUGGGGAGGAACCCUAAUUUUGUCUAUGAAAACUGGGGUCCAACUUUCUUCAGCUUCCAGUACUUACUCUUUGUCUUAAAAGUAAAGUGGAAAAGGCUGGAAGACAAGGCACUUCAAGGCUGUCCUGCACCCAACACCCCUGUGGUAGAUUUUGAUGGGAAAAUUCAUCACAUCCUGGACUUCAUGCAAGAUAACAGGCCUUUAGUCCUAGCAUUUGGAAGCUGUACCUGACCUUCAUUUAUGUUCAGAUUUGGAGAGUUCAAGAAGCUUAUAGAAGAUUUCAGUUUUGCAGCAGAUUUCCUUGUGAUCUACAUUGAAGAAGCCCAUGCCUCAGAUGGAUGGGCUUUUAAGAACAAUAUUGUUAUUAAAAGUCACAGAACUCUCCAUGAUCGUAUGCAAGCUGCAGAGAUCCUGCUAAAACAGUACCCCUUAUGUUCAGUGGUCAUGGAUACUAUGGAAAACCUGAGUAGCUCAACCUAUGCGGCUCUUCCAGAGAGACUUUAUGUGCUUCAAGGGGGAAAUAUUGUCUAUAAGGGUGGAGUGGGACCAUGGAAUUACAAUCCACAAGAAGUCCGUGAAGUUUUGGAAAAACUACUUUAAACCUAUAAAACAGAUGUGGUGCUCACAUACAUAUAUGGUCACUUCCUAGUCUGGUUAAUUUUCAAAAGUAUUAAAAUACCUUUAGAAGAAAAACAUUUUUGGAGGAUAAAGCCGCAUUAAACUGGAAAAAAUGAGAACUGACAUACUAUCAACUAAGUGUUCAGCAGUCACAAUUUGUCCAUAGAGUACAAAUAUACACAUUAAAUUAGGCACUGAAUAGCUAUAUUUACAUGACUACCCGCAAAAUAUCAGUCAUCUUCGCCUAAGGAAUGUAUAUAAACAACAGUGGCACAAUCAGCUGAGAAAUAACUGUAUGGAAACUUUUUUUAGGGGGCACCUUAUCUUCCUAUGAUCAAAUGUAAUGCUUUGAAUGUCUACUAGCACAUAAUGGCUUUCUGAAUUGAACUGUUGUACUCAUUAACUUCAUUUUGUUUCUAUUUGUAUUUAUUUAUGAUAGUCAUAGCUUAAAGCAUGAAGAGCUGUGGCCUGAUUUGGAAAAAAUAUUGAUAGAAACAGGAUGCUAAACAAUAUUAAACUAAGUCAAACUAUCUUAAA